AUGGCCACUUUAAAUCACUCCACACUUCUUACUUUCUUUCUUUCUUCCAUUCUUUCUUUCUUUCUUUCUUUCUUUCUUUCUUUCUUUCUUUCUUUCUUUCUUUCGUUUAUAAGCAACUUUCUUUUUCUCUUUUCCCAUGAUAUUACCUCUUCAUUUUUCUCUUCCCUUUUCAAUUUUCUAUCCGUUUUUCUUUCUUUCUUUCUUUCUUUCUUUCUUUCUUUCUUUCUUUCUUUACUUCUUACUUUCUUUCUGUCUUUCUUAUUUUUAUUCACAGAUUUCGAUUGUUUGUUAAUUCUCCAUCAAAUCUCUCCCCAUUUGAUACAUGCUCCUCUCUCUUUUGAUUUCUUCACACCUCCCCAAUUCCUUUAUAUCUUUCCCGCCAUUCCGCGAACUGACAGCCAUAUACCGAUUUCUCUCUUCUCCCUCUCUCUCUCUCAGUCCCGCCUACUCUCUCUCUCUUUCUUUCUCUAUCUCUCUCUAAGGCAGCCUUUCGUUUCUUUCUAUUAUUCUUCUAGUCCUGCCUUCCUUGUCGCAAAUGAGUAUCUUUCCCACCCUUUCUCUCUCGCCUACUGUCUCUGUAUUCUCUCUCUUUCUCUGACUCUCCCUCCCUCUCUCUCUCUCUCUCUCUCUCUGUCCCUCUCUCACAAACACUCAUUCUCUUUCUCUUUCUUUCCCUAA